AUGUCUUUCUCAAUCUUCUUCUUCAUUCUUCUUCUUGUAGUUCCUACCCACGAAGCUUCAGAACUUGCAACUCAAACUUGUGAUAAAACUUCAGUCAAGGAGCUAUGCAAUUCUGUAUUAGGAACAAGCACUGCAACAGAUGCUGAUGGCUUAGUUAAAGAGGCACUAGCGGCUACAACACGUGAAGGAGGUGACGUAAGCGUGCAAAUUGCCAAACUGUUGACAAGCGGAGGUGCUACUGCUCAGAAAGGCCUAACAGAAUGCGGUGAUAUAUACAAAACUGCAAUGGACAAGCUUAAGGCCGCUACAAAAGCUUUGAAUGAAAAAUCUUAUGCUGAUGUCGAGACAAAAGUCACUGAUUCUAAGGACACUGCAAAGAGUUGCGAAGAUGGAUUCAGUGGAGCAUCACCCAUAACUGAACAAAAUACUAAAUUUAGCAAUCUUUGUGAUCUUACUUUAGCAAUUGUCAAGACGAUUAAGGGUUAA